UUCCGUGAUCAUCCUCCAGAUUCGCCUCGGCUCGACUCGGCCUCCUUGUGCUAGGCUAGUAAGCAUAGGGCUAGCUAGCAGCUAGCAAGAAGCAUUUAAAGUUCGUCACUAGCCCGGCCUGGCAACAUGGCGGGUCCUGUGGCCAACAAAUGCUUUUCUUCUUUGGCUUUCUUCAGACGAAGACUCUCUGCUCCAGAGUUUAUUAGCAGAUGCUGUUACCACGUUAAGGUUGUGGACCAUUAUGAAAACCCAAGAAAUGUUGGCUCUCUGGAUAAAAACUCCAAGAAUGUGGGGACUGGUUUGGUUGGUGCUCCUGCCUGCGGAGAUGUCAUGAAGCUUCAGAUUCAGGUGGAUGACCAGGGGAAGAUAAUAGAUGCCAGGUUCAAAACCUUUGGCUGUGGUUCUGCCAUUGCCUCCAGCUCUUUAGCAACUGAGUGGGUGAAGGGCAAGUCUGUAGAGGAAGCAUUGACCAUAAAGAACACAGAUAUUGCCAAAGAGUUGUGUCUUCCACCUGUUAAACUUCAUUGCUCCAUGCUUGCUGAAGAUGCCAUUAAAGCAGCCCUGGCUGACUACCGUCUGAAGCAGCAGGAUGACCAGCAGGAGGCAGCAAGGGCCAACAACUGAACCCUCUUAUUCAAGUUUUGAUGUCUGCUCCCUAGUACACUCUCAGACAAACUUCACAUGUUACUGCAGUGUUGAGGUACACCCAGUACAUUUCUAUACGCACACUAUUCUUAAUCCUCUGCAGCAGUGACUCCAGGCUGUUGUCUCUGUACACUUAACUCCUGUCACAUAAACGCACAAUUGAAGCUGUUGGGGCAAAUGAUACAGUGAUGAGCCUUAUUUAUCAAACAGUUUUUGAUGUUUAAAAGCCGUUUUGGCUGUAGUGUGAAAAGCGAAGAGCUUCUCAGGCAUAGUUUGAGCUCUGAACUUUUAUAUGCAAAUACCCCAGUGCGGCUUUAGAAGGGCCCAUUGGCUUUCUUGUUUAGUCAGCUAGGAAUGCUUCCUUUUUGUUCAAAUAAAAUAUUAAAAAUAACA